AUGGAUGAACGGAAUGACGAGCAGGUAGCAGCAGGGCAGUCGGCUGGGAUGGUGGAGAGACUCACGGCAAGAUGGGCUGAUAUGGCGUUAGAGGAGGACGGGGACGAGUUUGUCCCGGAGGGUGACGGGGUGGGCGAGGUUGCGGUAGAUGGUGAGGCGUCAUGGGCGGUUGUAGGCCGUUUCUUGACGGCGAAAGUUGUCAAGCUUGAGUAUAUGAGGAAUGUAAUGGCUUCUGUGUGGCAACCGGUAAGAGGGGUUCAGAUAACGGAAGUCCAACCGGGGCUAUUUUUGUUUGUGUUCUUUCACGACACGGAUGUUGCGUAUGUCUUGGAAGGGGGACCAUGGGCUUUUGAAAACAAUACGCUGGUUUGCCGUGAGGUUCAGGGGGGGAUGAAUUCGUGUGAUGUCCCUCUGGAUACGGUAGACAUGUGGGUUCAGCUGCAUGGAUUACCAAUGGGCUACACAUCGCAAAGUGUUCUUGAGCAGGUCGGUAAGUUCAUUGGUACUUUCGUGAAACAUGAUGAUAGGUUUGUUGGGGCUCCCUGGUUAACUUUUUAUCGCAUUCGGGUCUCAAUUGCGGUUGGUAAGCCAUUGAGGAGGGGUAUGAAGCUGGUUAAGAGGGAUAGGACUACGUGUUGGGUGUCCUUUAAGUAUGAACGACUUCACAAGUUCUGUUUCUUCUGUGGGCUAAUGGGGCAUGUUCACACCUUUUGUUUGAAAGCAAGGGAAAGUCGGGUUCCGGAGAGUGAGUUUCGGUAUGGAGUGGAGUUGAGGGCGGGGGGUGGAAGGGGUGCUGCGAGAGGGGUGGGUGGGAGCUGGCUUAUUCUAGGGGUGUAA